AUGGGGAAAGCAAAGAAUCGCCCACCAGCGAACCCCUACCUUGAUUCACCCUAUGAAGGGUUGGCAGGGCAUACAUGCCCCAUCUGCACCAACGAUUUCGCGCCAACACGGAAAUUCGACAGUGAAUUUGCCGAGAGCUACCACUGGGACGCCUCCCAUUUCGGUAUCUACCCGGCAGCAGACAUGGAGAAUAUGAUCUUUUUCCGCCGACGAGCAUGGUGGACGCUUUACCGGAUGAUUAUCUAUGAUCCCGCUACCACCAACUACCAUGUCUCCGGAGUCGCAAAGGUACCGCCAGUCGCAAGCAGGUCAAAUAUGUAUUGUGUCGUCCCCAGGGACCCCACUCUGGGCGUGAUUGGACGUCCUGCAGAUGGAGUUGGCGAUCAAAGUUUCUUGAAGCCGCUUAUUAUGGAUUCAUAUACAAAGCUGGAAGCAGCAAAGGAGUUGGCCGGGUAUCCUAUACAUCCUCUAUAUAAUCCUUUGAAGACGAAUGAGGUGUUGUCCUGUAUCAAAUCAGCCAGGAUAGAUCGUAAGGGCAGAAAGCGAAUGUGCUCUUCUAUUCAGGAUGUCCAGGCGCAGACACAGUCCCGAUUGACAUGGCUACCGCAGGAGCUUCGAAUUGCCAUUAUGGAUUAUUUAGGAAUUUCGGAUGGACUUGCGUUGCAGGAGGCGGUUGGCUGGACGAUGUCUUCGACAUACUGGAAGGGGCGAAUCGACAACGACAUGUUCCCUGAGGUGAGGAGCGUGCGAAAUGUUGAAGAUAUUGAUUGGCUUCUAGUUGGUUGGAAGCUAGAAAAGUCGGCCGCCAAGAUUGUUCGAGAGCAUGCAUUGGAGAUUCUUUCGGGGUUUAGGUUUGUGUUUGAUCGCUUGAUGUUCGCAAGGGCAACAAGUUUCCGUUCUGGUUGCUGA